AUGCUGAACACAGAUUGGACAGAGGUUGAAGUGAUUGAGUUAUUUGUCGAUAGUGCAACACAUCUUGGAUUUGGCAUGUGUGGUAGCAAAAGUACUGGUGUCAUUGUCAGGUAUAUUACACCAGGGGGAGCAGCGGAAUUGGAUGGUCGUUUACGACUCGGUGAUCACAUUGUAUGUAUACGAGACUACAAUGUUCGCGGAUAUGGACCAGAUCAAGUGGCUACAGUACUGCGCCAAACUAUAACCACAUGUCUAAGUGAAAGUAUGCUGACGUCCAGUGUAAUACUUGCAAACUCUCCACCUUUAGACGAAACAUCUACUAUUGCUACUACUAGUACUGCCACUACGGCUAAUACCACUAUAACAACAAUGGGAAAUACCCUCUCACCAACAUUCAGUAACCCUUCUCCUACAAAUACUAUUUUUAAGUUGGAUGAAAGUAGUUCAUCACCAAGUCGAAUUCAUCCCUGUUAUCACUUGGAAUCUGGUGAGACUCUGAAGUCAACUGAACACAUUUUGAUUAACCCGUCAGUUUUAAUCAGAUUGAUUGUAGCUCGUCCAGCCAACGGUGAUCCCACGGAACUACGCGAAAUUCAUUUGAAACAACAGUCACUUUGUCAACAGCAUCAAGUUCUUGGAAUGUUAACCAUUGUCCCAACACAUCAGUUAGAUCAAUAUCUUCAAUUACUGCUACAAAAUAAACUACCAUUGGUCGAUUUGUAUAGUCUAACUAAGGUAAAUGGUAUCAACGAUGGUGAUAAUAAUAAUAAUAGUAACAGCAAUAAUAAUAAUAAAACCAGAUCAGAUGAAGACAAUGAAGAAGUGGCCAAUGAAACAUCUCAACCAGCAGAAUCUGUUGAUGAAAUAGUGCAACCGCACAUGAAAGCAAACAACAAAAAGGCUUCGAAUUCACCGCAUCAUCAAACAGCACAUUCAGAUAUGGAUGAACUUCAAGAAGAUGAACCAUAUUCAACACUUCAAGUUAUCCUUAACUCACAAAAUUCCUCAGAAUCAGAUAUUGAACAAGUGAAUAAUCAUUUGAUAAGUGGAAAAAUUGAAAUUGAUACAGUCAACAGUGAAUAUGGUGAACACAUAAAAUCCACUCGAAGAAAUUCAUCUAACUAUCACAGUUAUAUUCUUCAUCGUUCUCCUCCUACUUCCGGCGUUGCUAUCACCGCAUGCUCAUCUGUUAAUCAGUGUGACUUAGAAAAUAUUAUUCAACAAAGCUCAUCUUCGCAUGUUAAUAAAAAUAACAAUAAUUCAGAACAGACAGAAAUUCAUAGUGUACAUUUAAUCAAACCAAAAAAUCAAAGUUUAGGCCUGAGUGUUGUUGGAUAUAUUUACAAAAAUCCUUACAACGAGAAUAAAUAUGACCGUGGUAUUUUCGUCAAAAGCAUUAUCCCGAAUAGUAUAUCAGAUCGAUGCAGAUCAAUUCAAGUGAACGAUCAAAUAAUAGAGCUUAAUGAAACGUCACUAGUUGGUUUAGACAAUGUGCAAGCUAUUUCAUUGUUAAAAAAGGCCAACGCAAAUAUUACCCUAAAAUUAAGACGUUACCUUCAUGGCUUCCUGUAUGAAGAAUUGAAAAAAACAGGUUCUUUUGUAAUGAAUACUAGUAGCCAAGAAAAUCCAUGCCUAAAGUCACCUGAAAAUUCUGAAUCAGAUAUAAAUUCAGAUUUUCCCCAGUCAGUUCAGGAAAAUAAAUUUAAAAGUUAUGCUAUAAAUGGUUAUGAAACAAGUGACUCAUCAACAUCAAGCAAGCAACAUCGAGAAGAACGUCCAUUCAGUGUAUCUGGAUUAAAUCAGUCUGACACACUGUACAUGGAAUUAACUGAUGAUUUGAUCGACUCACCGUCUACAUGCUUUAAUGACAAUGAAAGUGUACAAAAAGCCGCAUUGAUUAUAUCAUCUGAAGAAGAUGAGGAAAAGCAAAGAGAAGAGUUGUGUAAAUUACCAUCAGCGUCAUCUCUGAGAUCAUCAUCGUCACUAUCCUCGUCAUCAUCAUCAUCAUCACCCUCAUCAUCUGUUCUUUCCUACAAUAACACUACUACUUCCUUGGAAAAAUAUACAACUAAAAGAACUUGUAAAGCAUCCAUUCCUAAUAAAACGAUAAGGGCUAAUAAUUUAACAUCGUUUAAAACUAAGGUUGAGACAGAAGUAAAAACUACAACAACAGAGCAAGCAGUAAACUAUAUAUCAACUGGAUAUUAUGGCGAUAUCAAUGAUAAAAAUAUUCAGAAUUUGCUCGGAGGUAAAGAAGGUGAGGAAUUUAGCAAAGCUUCUUAUACUGUUGAAGAUGGUAUUAAUAAUAAUAAUAAUCUUACAUCUGGAAUUAAUAGUUACACCUCUACUGAUUUCAGUAGUGAGAUACAAAAACUAGACAUGAAAAUACCUAAAGAAGAAUAUCUGUGUGAAAAUCUCAAAAUCUCCGUCAAUGUUGAUCAUAAUGAUACAGAAAUGAUUGAUAAUCCAAGUGGUAUUGAAAACACUGAACUCAGUGAUGUGUCACUAUCUGGAGAAAGUAAGUAA